AAUGGAGACUAAGUAUGACGAAGAGCUAGGGAUCGUUAUUCCGCCAGAGCAGGACUGCCUCGUCAUCUCCUCCACCGGGAAAGCCGAAAAUACUGAUGUAAUUGCUCGGAAACCGAAUCCCGACCGAGACAACAGCGACCUCCCGUCGUCUUGUCGCUGUGAUUUGGACGUAGUUCAAUAUCGCCUAGACAGCGACCCCAAGAAGAAAAUUACUUCUGUACUACAGGACAAAAAGGGAGAAGAAAAAGACAAGAACUACUACAUGGAAGAAAUAGAAUUACACAUGAAACGGACAUUGAAACCAGCAGUUCUUAUUUGGUACUUGGGCCACGGUGGGUCCGAGACUGGUAGCUGGUGCUUCAGAGGAGGCCGCAUCACAUUUACUGACGUACUUCAUCUUUAUCAACAGCACUUCCGAAGCAAACUCUUAACUCUUAUCAUCGACUGUCCUUAUGCUGGCAACUGGGGUUUAUCAUGUGUAGAAGAAUUCGAUCGCAUGGGAAUACCAGCCUGUGGCCAUCAGGCAAAAAGGAGAGGAUAUAUGAUUAAAGUCUUCUCUUCUUGUCACCGUGAUCAAAUAGCACGAGAGCUUAACUAUUCUGUGGAUUCGGUGAGGUUUAAGGAUGACGGUUUGUAUUUUUAUGCAGAAAAAUUGCCUGAAGGCCAGAAACCAUUUCAUCUGGAUUUUACAAAAAUCACCUGUGGACAGAAACCAAAUGCAGAGUGCAAGGCACCACAUGACUGGCGAUGGAAAGAUCUACUGAGCGGGAAUUUGAGUCAAAGAUGCUAUCUUGUACGAGGGCGAGACAGAGAUAAACCAGCUUGGCAUUAUGUAGUGUUGCAUGAUGAGGAGAGCAUCAGGACCCAGUUUCUAGAGAGAAUUCAGGGUGGAACGAUCGAUGUCGUCAACUUUGGUCAAGUUUUGGCCAGUGGAUGGGGCACUGACCCUCCGAAGUAUAUAAAAGCAUUGCUACCACAUUUUUGACAUAUAAAACAGGUACAACAUUAACCGAUUUGGGUACUAAAAAUAAUCUCAAUUAUGUUCAAUAUUUGACAAUCUUAUUUGUCUUUGAA